CUCUAUUUCUAUGGGCGCUGCUAACAUCCGCCAUAUUAUCUUAUGUACUUCAUUGAGUGGCGUAUAUAAGCGUCGCCUUCUACCUUGGCGCGUGGCUACUUAUUCCCGUCCUCUUCUCCCCAUGAUACGGAGCGGUCGGCCAAUUUUCUAGUCCAUCGUUCAUGGCGUUCCUAGUAGAGUUAUCUGAUGAUCACUUUUCGACAGAGGAUAUAAGAGAAGCGCCCCAACUCCUAUACACAACAAUUGCCUCCGGAUUGUUUGCGUCUUUGACACUCUCAGCUCCAGUACACCUAUCCGUCUUCCAGCCAUCGCCAUGUAUGGACGAACCGAGCCACGUCAGCAACCAGGCUACGCCUGCGAAGAAUGUCGUAAGAAGAAGCUUCGAUGCGAUAGACAGCGCCCGCAAUGCGGUGCCUGCGCAAACGCCCAGGUUCAAUGCGAAGUCAACGACCGACGCGUGCCUCGUGGCCCAAAGAAAGGUAGCAUCGGCGCUCUUCGUAGCCGUAUAGUCGCCCUCGAGCGUCGCCUCUCCUCUGCCCAGUCUGAGGAUGCAUUGGCCUCGGAUUCUCACGAACUCGGCUUGCUAGACGAGGCCGAACCCAAGGGGCAAUCUACAGAGCAGUUUCCUUUGCCAGACUGGGAUCUAUCGCAACAUGAACAGCAGCCGCCGAAUACAGCGAUACCUUUGGUUUGGGCGGCCCCGGAGACGGCUCCUCAGUCCCCCAUUCUCUAUCCCGACAUCCAGGUCUUGCCGACCAUGUCAACCUCAUACCCCUCGCCAAAGCAAAGUCCUACUUCGGUGGGUGAUAUCUUCAUACCGGAUCUAACAAGAGCGGAUUUGACGCAACUCUACUUCGAUCGUGUUCAUCCCGUCGUCCCGAUCCUCAACCAGACCAAGACAUUCAAAUGGAUAAACGACCCAGGCGCGGUGAGCGAGUCCCGCCAAUGUUUACAGUAUGCCAUGUGGACGUCCGCCACAGCUUUCUCCAGCCAAUUCGGCGGCUUUCAAGACUCCAUGUACGCCAAGACGCGGUUUAUGCUCGACCAGAUGGACCUGAGCGGCAGUGACUCUCUAAUAUGCCACAUAGAACAUGUCCAAUCAUGGAUUCUCAUUACCUUCUACGAGUUUGCUAGGGCCAACUACCGGCGCGGGUGGCUGAGUGCUGGGCGCGUCUUCCGCCUGGUACAGUUCCUGAAGCUCUACGACCUCGACGGCCCCAAGCCGCCGGGGUUGGAGGGCGAUGACGACCCGGUUUCAUUGGAGGAGAAGAGGCGCACGUUCUGGGUGGCCUACUGCCUGGACAGGCUCAUCGGCGUCAGCGAGGGGGCGCCCAUGACCUUGAAUGAGGAAGUGGUGUUCACGCGUCUCCCGUGCCGGGACGAGGAUUUUCAGAGAGGGCUCGUGCCACAGGAGUCGUUCCUAGUCGAAGCCAUGUCUUCUGCAGAAAUACGCCUCUAUUCACCGCUCGCGGAAUGCGUCAUCCUGGUCACCAUCUGCAGCCGAGCGUUGUCUCACAAGCAGAUCUACACAAUAGAGUCUCUGUACAGCAACGCGCCCCUCGAUUUUUCGUCGAGGCACGAUUGGCUGGACGGCAUGCUGACGCACCGCCUAAACAACCUACAGGUCAACCACCCCUCGUUAACGGUCGCGGAGGAUCCGAUGAUCAUCUUCUCGUACAUGGUUGCACACUCGGCGGUCAUAUAUCUAGGCCGUAUCACGGAGACCUUUGCGAGAACCGAUCAGAAUCAAUCCCUGGUGUGGGAGUUCCAGGAGAGGGGCUACUGGGCGGCUCAAGAGAUCACCCGCCUCGCUAAGGAACACGAACACCUCGGCUAUUUUAAAGCCCAUACGUUUAUGCCCCUUACGAUCUACCUAGGUGCAUCAAGGCUUGCGAAGCACCUAGAUACUCGAAAGGGGGAAAUGAACCCGAAGGAGGCCGAGGACGCAGAAAGGUCCCUCCGCGCCUCCGUCGAGACGUUGCAGAAGCUCCAGUCGGUGAAUAAUCUCGCCAACUACUAUUUGCAGCUAUUAUAGCAACGUCUUCUGGUUCCCAAUUACGUUUAGAAGUCAGAUAUGUUGUCUUGCGGCGAGCGAAGUUUGCACGUCCCUUCCCUCAUCAACUCCGGGUAGCAGGCAACUCGAGUUUUGGUAUACUGUACGGCGCAUUCAACAAUGCUUGUAGAGUUAGGCCGCAUUAUAUGUCUGUAUAACGAGCGUUUAGACUCACUGGCGUCCUCUGAGAUAGAAGUUAACUACGUA